CAUGAGCGCCUAUUCGAGGUGGCUGCUAAUUCGAGGUUGGGCGCUUAUUCGAAUAAAUACGAUAUAUGCAAACGGUUUCGGGCUAACCAACUCACUCUGAAUGUCAAGAAAUCUAAUUUUUUACUUAUUGGUAGUAGUUCCCGCCUAAAUAAAGUAAGGUCCAUCCAUAUUUCUGUUCUCAUGUGCCUCUAGAAUAAGAUAGUGUAGACUCUUAUGCGCACUUAGGGUUUUGUGAUCAACAACCAGUUUAGCUGGACUGACCACAUUGAUUACAUUUGUGCAUGGUAACUGAGAUCAGCAAAAAGUUAGGUCUCUUGAAGCGUAUUAAAUCUUGCCUCCCCCUCAACCCUAGAAUUACUUUUUUGGUUUUAUCUUAUCUCUUUUUGACUAUGGGGAUAUGAUCUUUGGUGAUCGGGGAAAUGCCUCCUUGAUGUCUGAUAUGCAAGUGUUGCACAAUAAGGCAGCCCGGCUUAUUUAA